CAGUGUUCAGAGAGCUACCCAGACGAGAACCAUGAAGCUGUGUCUGUUUCUGGCUGCGCUGGUAGCUCUGUCGGCCGCCGCCGAAGACAAGGAGGCUGACCAAGAGAUCCAGGCCAGCGGGUACUCUUCCGCUUUGGCAGGACACGGCAGGAACGGCUUCCGCAGAGGUCGGAGCUUCGGCGGCUACGACAACCGGGCCCUCGGCUACAACGGCAACUACGGCCAGAGCUACAACAGCCGCUCCGGACGUGGUUACGGGCGCAGCUUGAACGGCUACGGAAACUACGGGCUGGGAUAUAACGGAUAUGGUGGAUACUACG